AUGAUUAUAUUUAAAAAGCCAAAUGUUCUUCCAACCGUUUUCGAAAUGAUUUUAAAAUAUAUUUACACUGGUGAGCUCGAUUAUACUAAGCAAUUGGGUGAAGAUAUUAUUGAAUUGUUAGUUGCAUCCCAUGAAUUAUUUCUUGAAGAGUUAUUUGAACAAAUUCAAAAUUACUUAAUUACAAAACAAAUCAGCUGGGUUCAUGAAAUAACGCCUUCAUUCUACAUAAUGUAUUUAAAUUUGAUAAUUGCAAGAAAUUACAAGAUUAUUGUUUUAAAUCUAUCUGCGGAGGGUUCACUACCAUUUUUGUCUUCAAAAGCUUUUCUUUCAAUAAAUAAGGAAAUACUUUUUUGUUUGCUUCAAAGAGAUGACAUACCAAUUGAGGAAAUUACUUUUUGGGAUUAUUUAAUUAAAUGGGGCCUUGAACAAACUCUUGGUCUUGAGAAUGAGAAUAAUGAUAAAUCUAAAUGGAAUAAUGAGAAUUACGAAGCAUUAAAGUUGACUUUAAACCAAUUUAUUCCUCUUAUUCGGUUUUUGGAAAUUUCUCGUACUGGCUUAUUUUAUAAAGUCUACCCUUGUAUAACUAUUAUUCCUAAUAAUAUUUAUGAGGGAAUUGAAAGAUUUCUUAAUAAAGAUGCCUUAUCAAAAUCUAUAACUUUAUCGCUUAUCGUGAUGGAAUUAGUAAUGAAUCUUUUAGAAGAAAAUGUAAUGGACGAUUUAUUAGGAGAUGAUUAUAUUGUUGAUGGUUAUGGUUUUCUAUUUUAUAACUCAUCAGAUAAUUUCAUUUUCUCAUUCGAAAAUAAUGACGAGAAAUUAAGUCGGGUAGUAAAUGUAUCUCAAGCCAUAAUGGUUCAUGAUAGUAGUGGAUUUAAUUUUAGUCGGAGUUCAUUGUGUAUGAACGGAAAUAGUUUACAUAUUAAUAAUAAUAACAAAAAAUUAUGA